UUGACUGUAUGUCGCUUAUUUUGAACGGUUCUGUUGUUCCAAACAAAUACCGAAUUCAUCAGUUCUAACUAACUACAACUGGCACCUGGCUGUGAUUACCUAACUGAUUAAGUGGACUUACUGAACCAUCUGUGAACGUCAAUUAGUCAACGUCUUAUCAGUCGGUACCAUAAACCCAAGAACGAUUCGUUACAAGCACCUUAAUUAUAUGCCUGAAUUCCAAAAUAUUAUCAAAUACCGAAGCGAACAGCAUGGAAACCGGAACCGUUGGAGUUUGGGAUUACGUUAUCUUUGGUGUUAUUCUGCUGUGGUCUCUAGCAAUCGGAGUUUAUUAUGGCUGUUUCGGUAGUAGACAAAAAUCUACGAAAGAGUAUUUAAUGGCUAGCAGAUCGAUGCCCGCUUGGCCAGUAGCUGUUUCAAUGGUUUGUUCUGCCGUCAGUGCCAUAACGUUGCUAGCAAAUCCAGUUGAAGUCUAUUUAUACGGAACUGGAUACUCCAUGGUGAUGUUAGCAUUCAUUCCAUUCAAUCUUAGCCUUGCAUACCUGUACUAUCCGGUUUAUUUUAAUUUAAAUGUUAAUUCAGCGUAUCAGUUUAUAGAAAUUAGAUUCAAUCAUUCGAUACGAUUGGUCGUAUCAAUUCUAGCUGUGAUUCAUGUGAUUACCUCGAUGGCCAUCGCAAUUUAUGCACCUUCACUUGCGAUAAAACAAUUGACUGGAAUAGACACUAAAGUUUCGACGGCUGUAAUUUAUUUCGUGUGCAUUGCCUACUCGUCAUUGGGAGGGCUUCGGGGAGUACUGUGGACAGACGUGCUUCAAACAACUGUUAUGCUAGUGUCGCUAGCAGUUAUAAGUAUUAAGGGCGUUCUCGAUGUAGGAGGUAUCGACUUAGUUUGGGAGAGAGCGAAGAAUGGAAACCGAAUCGAAUUUUUAAAUUUUGAUCCGGAUCCAAGAACGCGUCACACAUUCUUUACUUGCUUAAUAGCCGGCUACUUUUUUUGGCUACCGUCCUUUGCCGCCACUCAGUUGCAAGUUCAGAGAGUGUUGUCUAUGCCCACAAUAUCCAGAGUCAGAAAAGCGCUGUUGAUGAAUUUCAUAGGCCUGCUGAUCAUCGUCGGAUUUUGCUUCUUCACUGGAGUUGUUGUCUAUGCCAUGUUCUAUGACUGUGAUCCAAUUACUUCGCAGCUCGUCGAAAAAUCAGAUCAAAUUGUUCCAUUGUUUGCUUCCCGUGUGUCGAAUGGCAUUCCCGGCAUAUUGGGUCUAUUUAUUUCUAGUUUAACUUGUGCAAGUAUGACAAGUUUGUCGUCUGGCCUCAACGCAUUGGCAUCGAUUACGACUUUUGACUAUGUUCAAAAAUUGUAUCCGAACUUAAACGAUUUCAAGCUUUCGCUCAUCUCAAAAAUAAACACACUCGUCCUGGGAAUGGUGUCGUAUGCAUUUGUGUUUGCUGUCGAGAAUAUGGGUAGUAUUCUCCCCGCGACGUCAUCGUUACUAGGAAUUAUGUUGGGUCCAACACUAGGCAUAUUUUCGCUGGGCAUGAUGUUCCCAUGGGCAAAUGCCAAAGGCUCACUCCUCGGAAUGAUUACUACGUUCAUCCUUAUGAUCACGUUCAUUAUCGGCAAUUUAUUAGCAGACGGACUGCCAGAUCAAAGACUGACCUUGGACACUUCCGGAUGUCCAGCACAAAAUGUAACAAUGAUUCCAGUUAUAUCAUCUACAAGCUGGAAGGACGUUGAAUAUUCCGGUAUUACGAAACUGUUGUCCGUUAGUUACAUGUGGUUUUCAGCAAUGGGAUGCAUUCUUUGCGUUUUCUUCGGAUUGGUAUUCAGUCUUGUUAUCAAUUAUUUAGAUAAAGGUCCACGUAAAUUAGUGAAUCCAAAAUGUAUAUCGCCGCCAAUCAUGACACUACUAAAUAAAUGGUUUCCCAAACAUAUUCAACAAUGGGUGGAUUUGUCUGUACCGGAAGUUGAGAAUAGAAUUUUACAUCAAGCACAAGAGUAGUUGGAAAUGCAUUUAAAUAUUGUAAAAAGAAGUGGUUCAGUACAAAUAAAUUCUGUUUUAA